AUGGACGAGGACAUGUCAGGCUUUUGUAUUAGAGGUGCAAGUGUUCGUAGUAACAGUGGCAGUGCCACUGGCACUAAGUGUGGGCGUUGGAAUCCCACUACUGAACAAGUUAAGCUUCUGACUGAACUGUUCAGUUCAGGACUUCGCACACCAAGCACUGAUCAGAUUCAAAAAAUCUCUACUCAGCUAAGUUUCUAUGGUAAGAUUGAGAGCAAGAACGUGUUCUAUUGGUUUCAAAACCAUAAGGCAAGGGAAAGACAAAAGCGUCGCAAGGUAUCUUUUCACGAUAAGGAUGUGAUUCGUAGAGAAAACUCCAUGGCCAUCAGUUCUUCUACACAAAAUUUCGCACAGUUUUAUCAGAUUAAUGAGCCCGAGAGGGGGAUUGAGACUCUUCAACUCUUUCCCUUGAACUCUUUUGGAGAAUCAGAAUCAAAGAAUCUGAGGGAUCAUGCAAAUGAAUGCAGGGAUAAUACGAUGUUUUCAUUCACAAUGGGGGAACAAAUGGACCACCCACCUUUAGAUCUUCGCUUGAGUUUUCUGUAA